AUGGCUGAUGACCUUGUAAGAAAUAUUCUUCGAUAAAAUAUUUAUAAGUUCGAUUCAGCAACUCGACUUGGGAAAGAAGAAGAAGUCGAAGAAGCCAAUCAAGAUUGACGACGACGAUGAGCCGGCGCCGGUUUCUGUUGCCGACGGACUUGAUGAGGAUCUCGGUUCGUUGUUUUUCUAACAAUUGGGAUCACAACUAGUUUAUUACAGGAGAGCUGAAACUUGUUGGAAAGAAGAAGAAGAAGGCCCCGAAAGUCGACGAAGUUGUGGAGGAAAGAGUCCCAACUCUCGGUUCGUUCAUGCGUAUUCUGAUUUAGAUUUUCAUAAUACGAAUUCUAGAUAUUGGAAUCGGCGCACAAAACUUGAUUGACGCAAAAGGAGCUUGGCCAGAUUACACGUACGACGAGGCGUUAAACCUCGUGUUCCAGGUGAUGAAGGACAAGAAUCCAGACUUUGCCGGUGACAAGAAGAAGUUCGCCAUUAAGUUGCCGGAGGUCGGUAGAGCCGGAUCCAAGAAAACCGCCUUCUCCAAUUUCCUCGAAAUCUGCCGUCUCAUGAAGAGACAGGACAAGCACGUACUGCAGUUCUUGCUUGCCGAAUUAGGAACAACCGGUUCUAUUGACGGUAGUAAUUGUCUGAUUGUCAAGGGAAGAUGGCUGCAGAAGCAUUUCGAAAGUGUGCUCCGAAAAUACAUCAGUUAGUGAUUCACUUCCCGAACUAAAACUCAAAAAUCUAUUUACAGAGGAGUAUGUUAUGUGCCACACCUGCAAAUCAUCGGACACCCAGCUCACCAAGGAUACCCGUCUCUUCUUCCUCCAAUGCAACACCUGCGGCUCCAGAUGCUCUGUAACGGCAAUCAAGAGUGGAUUCAAGGCUGUCGUCGGAAAGCGCGCUGCCAUCCGUCGCGCAACCGAAGCCACCGCCGGAAAGUAA